AUGGCCUCUCAGUACGAAGUAGAGCACAAUGUCCGCUUCACCGAACCCACGCGGGGCAGCCGCCGCGUCAACAUGGACUCCUUCUUCAGCCUCCUCCACCGCGUCGACGACUCCGGCACGACGACCCCUCACAACAACCCCAACGCGACGCCCACCUUUCCCGACCUGGCCAACGUUUUCCGUCUCCUCCAAGACCAGAUGCAAACACUUGCCGCCACGGCGCCGACCGACGAAAACCGCAGCUUCCUGCUAGACCUAGUCUCGUCGCUGGACGACGACAUCAACGACCCCCCCACGCGGCUGCAGGGCGUGGGGCAGGAGUUUCUGGACGGCCUGGACAGAGUCAAUCGCAAGAGGCUGGCCAAGGAAGACGACUGUGCCAUCUGCAAGAUUCCCUAUCUGGAAGACCAGUUCUGCCUGGUGGUGGAGCUGCCGUGCAAAGGAAGGCAUCGGUUCGAUCUGGAGUGCGUCGGGCCAUGGCUGAGGAGCAAGGGCACGUGUCCGAUGUGUAGGGAGGAGAUGGGGAAGAAGAAGAAGAAGCCGGUGGUGGUGGAUGAUGGCGACGAGGAAGAGGAUAUGGACAUGAUUUAUGCAUGA